ACCAGAGUAGUUAACCUCGACCACUCUACUGGUAUUUACUCUAGCGGUAGUGGUUGUGGCAGUGGUAGUGCGUGACCCGAGGUCGUUUCUGCCCCCCCCGUGGGUGCACUGGGUGCCGCGCCCUCCGCCACCGCUCGAGGAUGGGCAUUGGGGACGAAGGCUGGGGAUGGGGACGGUGGUGGGGAUGUCUAUUCCCGUACCGUACCUACUCUAUGUUGGGAUCCAUUGGGAUCCACCUUGCUUGCUGCUUGCUGCUGCUUGCUGCUUGCUUGCUGCUUGCUUGCUGCUUGCUUGCUGCUUGCUUGCUGCUUGCUUGCUGCUUGCUUGCUGCUUGCUUGCUGCUUGCUUGCUGCUUGCUUGCUGCUUGCUGCUUCCUGUGCUGAUCUAUCGUUAUCAUGAUCAUACCCAUCCCCCAUCCCCCAUCCCCCAUCCCCCAUCCCUUCCUUCUUUCUGCACAUACUUCUGCACUUUUCCGGCCGGUCAUGGCGAUUGCGAUGGCGAUUGCGAUUCCGAUGGCGAGGGUGAGGACGAGGGUGAGGGUGAGGACGAGGGCAAGUCGAUGGCGAAUGGCGAAUGGCAGUGGCGAAUGGUAAUCGAUCUCCUGCGGAGUCGGGCGAGUCGAGGUGAUGUACCUACAGUCGAUGUGCCUACAUACAGUAUGUACUCUGGUGCAGUACAUUGCGAUACCCGUACUUCAUGUACAUAUCUACAUCCUCGUACACAGCAUCCCUCCCUCGCCUCGUCACGGCGCAACAAUAAGAUGUGCACACUUCUCGGUUAUAUGUACUCCAUGUACUGCACAUAAGCAAGCAAGCAAGUAGAUAUUCCAGAAGUGACACCCAAUCCAAUGGUCCAUGUAUUGCACAUACUCUACACACCAAGAACCUUGCGCCGCCGCCGCUCAUCUCUCCCUCCCCCCGUCGAGCCGUUCCUGUCGAAAUGGCGCCACAAUCUUGAAUCGUCGCCGGUACAACAGCAACAGCAACAAACGACAACGACGACAACAACGACAAACGUGCUUGCUUGAGCGAGAAGCUGCUACCCGUCUGUCCAUCCGUCGUUCUAGGGAUUGAUCACGAUGGAAGGGGGGUUGCACUCUGUCGGAA